AUGGUUAAAGUAGCAAACGCUGCCAACGCAGCGGAUAAGGAUGUGGACAAGAGCUUCAUGAAGCUGGUGCGCAACUACUUUCGAUACUACUGCGAGAGAUCCACAAUUCACUGUGUGCGCUAUCUGUACGAUGCCCAGUUGCAUAAUGUUGAGAGACUCAUCUGGAGCAUGCUACUCAUCACUAGCGUAACGCUGUGCUGUUCAUUCUAUUUGCUGGUUGCGGAGCGUUAUGGAACGCAGAAGCUACAGACAGUUAUUGAAGACUCGCAGUAUCCCGUAUUCCAUGUGCAAUUCCCGGCGGUGGGCGUCUGCACGGACAACCGCAUCAAUUGGAGCAAGCUGGAAGCAGCCAAGGCACAGUUUCUCCCAGCCAAUGCUAGCGAAGAUAUCGUUGAAGCAUUUGGCACGCUGCUCAGAUACAUGGAGACGCUGAGAUUUGACAAUUUUGAAUUUAGUACAUCUGAAAUGGAGGAUACAAAUCUUGAGAUUGUCGACUUCAUUCCGCUCACCCCAUUAGCAAAUUUUCUGGCACUGCACUGCGAGGAUAUUCUGGUGCCGGGCUCCUGCAAGUGGCGCCAGACGUCGUUCAACUGUUGCGACUACUUUAUGAUGGAGAAGACGGAGCAUGGCUUUUGCUUGGUAUUCAACUCGGAACUGUCGUUCGGCUCCCAAGCGAUUUUAGAGCGCGAGGGUUCCGCUUUCUAUCCUAGACAUAAUGCCAAAGCGGGCCAGGGCUCUGGUCUCAACUUCAACCUACUGCUGAAUGACAGUUUCAAGCGGCCAGAUUCUUCGGUCACGGAUAAUGUUUUUAUCAUGAUCAAAAAGCCGACGCAAAUGACUAACGUGGUCUACUCCAUAAGGCCCAACACGGAAACCCAUGUGGCAGUCCGACCUCAGAUGACACGCACUGACGACACCACACGAAAGGUGCCGCCGUGGCGUCGCAACUGCCACUUUAAGGACGAGCAAGUUGACUUUGGCAUCAGCGAUGCUGCGAAGCGACUGAAAAAGAGUUCCUUGAUCUCCAACUGCCUCACCAACUGUCAUGAGUCCUACUUGGUCAAGCUGUGCAAUUGCUCACUACCAAUUUUCUUUCUCAGAAAUGGAAAAGUCAAGAACUGCACUGCGUCCAGUCUGCGCUGCAUUUCGCGUCACAAUGAUAUUUUCGGUUACGACAAACAUUUGGAGGAGGAUAGUUACUUCAUCGCCAAUAAGCCGGGCAUGACCUGUCCCUGUCUGGUCGGCUGCAAUUUGCUUGAAUACUUCACAUCCACAACCACGUUGCCAUUGUCUUCAAGGGAAUUGCCCAAGUCAUCGGCUUUAAAGGUCUUCAAGGUGGAUGUGCACUAUCAGGUGGAUAUGAUGAUAACGUAUCGCACUAGCCUCGAGUUUUCCAGCAUUGACCUAAUUGCUAAUCUUGGUGGCAUUUUCGGUCUCUUUCUGGGCGCUUCUAUGGUCAGUGGAGUUGAGCUAAUCUACUUUCUAACUGUGGGAUUUGCUCUGCACCUUUAUGAUAACAAUUACUAUGUCAUUCUACACAGGAAUCUCAAGAGGCAAUGGGCCACGGCACUGCGUUAUUUACGCAACGAAGUGACUCACACCCACCAAGCGGCAGAGCCUGCGCAGGCAGAGUCCAAGAGCAAACUGCGACAUCCGUUAAGUCACAGAACCAACACAUGGUGA